ACUGGAAACACAAUUGGCGUUAAUGAGAUGGGGGAACGUCAUUGCGUUUGCACUCGUGAUACUACGGUAGCAUCCAAGGGGCGUACACACGAUGUGUUGAUAGAGGUAUCUACUUCUCGUGUAAAUCAGUUGUGUGCUGACUUCUAUUUUAUAUUUUUAGGGCGUUGGGGGAAGAAUGAAAAAGGUCUUCCACCAAAACGGACGAAAUCAUGAACGGCGCCGUAUACAUUUCGUUUUUUCAAGGUCAGCUGGAAUCUGCACUAGAGGAAGUAGUGCAAGUCGCAGUACAGGAAAUAACCAAGACUGUUGGGUCAAGCUUGACUUCUAUGUUAAUGAAAACGGCCGUCAAAGAACAAGAAAACCAACGACUUAAGUUAGAGCUUCAGUCACUGGAGUUUGAAUGUAAUAGGGUAGAAAAUGGAGCCGAAUUCAACGGUGGCAGAGAAGACAACGCGGCCACGGAUCGAACAAAGCCCGAGACACACACCCCCAGCCACAGCGCAGAGCGCGGCGUGUACGCAAACACUCUAAGACUGGAUCAAAAAUGUCGAGUAGUGGGUCAGCUCAAGAUGGUCAUGGAGCAUGUGCUGGAGUUUGCUGUGUGCGAGCUGACCAAAAUUGUGGAGGCCAGUUUCGAUGACCUGCUCCUGGAGCUGACCAGGAAAGAGCGGGAGCACAUCGCUCUAGAGGAGCAGUUGCGCCACUUGGCGCACCAGGAGAACAGGAAGGGCGGGGUGUCGAGGAGGAGUGGGUCGGAAAACAACACAGCGUUCCCCAGCGGCUCAGAGGACACCCGGCAGGAAUCCAGAAACGUCACAGUCAAAAUUGUCCGAGAACAAAGAGAUCAAACUGAGACAACAAAUGACAGUGACAAGCAGGCUGUCCUGACCGUAGCCCAGGACUGGGUCCCCAUCCUGGACAAGGUGUUUGGGCAGAAGUGGUGCAGCGACCUGUGGCAGAUCAAAGAGCUGGCUUCAGGGAAGGGGGGUGAGGAGAGGACUGGGGGAUCUGGGCUGGGGAUUGUGGGCUCCUUCCCCAGUCUGAACGCCCUGAUCCGUGAGAACCUGGAGCCCUCCCCCACUAGCCCCCUGCAGGACCCCCAGUGGAUGCCUCUGGAGGACAUGGAGGUCCUCUCCUCGACCUUGGACACUCCGCAAGACCCUCCUGCUACCAUAAGCGCUACAGUUGAGGAGUCCCUCAGGUCUCCGUCGAUGCUUCACCGGCUCCUCACACUCCCCGCUCAGCUCCUAGACGAGAACGCCAUGGACACCAUUCCGCUGCUCGCCGACGCUUCCCCUGGCAGAGCAGCUGAGCGACGGCAAAACACAGAAUCGCCUAACCAGAGCUGCCCAUCUCCUUCCAAGAAAAAGGUUGCUGUUUCACUGGAGGAGGAGGAGGAGAAGGAAGACAAAGGGACGACGACGCUGGACUCAAAGGUGAAGACCGUGCCUGUCAAAGGCAGGAAGGCUCACGAGUGUAAAGAAUGCGGCAAGAGGUUCAGCCGGGCGCCACUCCUGAAAGCUCACCAGCAGACUCAUAUCACCACAACAAUGGCGAUGACGCCAGCAAUUUGUUGCUCAAAGUGCGGGAAACGCUUCUCCAAGGCAUCCCGGCUACAGACGCACCUACGAACUCACACUGGGAAAAAGUCCUGAGAAGGGAAUUGGAAGAUUGAAGAAAAAAAAAAAGUUGUUCUUCAGUCCAUAUCUCACAAAUAGCCAUAGUAGCAGGAUGGUCACCGGUAUUAGAGUUCAUACAUUUGAGUUCACUUUAAGUACCUUACAAGUCGGGAAUCGGAGGCAUUUUUUUCAUGUUGCUGAUUUGAAGGUACAGUUUUUGCUGACUGCUGUAUGUUUCUUAAUUGUUACCACCAUUUUGAUUCCUUACAUGUGGCGACAAGGUAAAUAAUUUGUAAUCAUUUGGGAUUGGAUCUGGCUGGUAGUUGUGGUUAGUAUCACCAUUUUACAUUAUGUAUAGCAUGGGACAGUGGCGCUCACAACAAGCAAUGAAGUGACCUUUUUAAGUGCUCUUUUUAGUUUUCUCAGUAUACUUUUCUACAUUUUUUGGGAAUAUCAAACUGGUCUCUUUGUGCUUUAUUAUUUCACAUCAAGGUUAUUUGCUAUACCAGAGGCCAUGAUCUUGGCUUUUGUGGACUGCAAUUUCAAUAAAUGCAAGUUCACUGAUUUGUGAGAAUUGUAUCUUUCAGUUGCAGACGAGUUGUCUCAAGUCGAAUGUGAAUCGCAACUCUUCUUUUUUCCGGUGCUACAAGCAGUGACUCACUUUCAAAGGAGGUGAGAGCGAUGGACUGCUGGAGUCAAUAGCAGAUGUCAUACCUUUGUUUUGCUUACCUCUGAAUGUGAAUCUCUGUACAGAUGGAAAUAACCUGGUAUUUCUCUUUACCUUCUUCAUGCAAUUCACUAUUUACAGUCCUCACUUGACAGUAUUUUUAUUUUUCACUCAACAUAAAUACCUCCUUAAAAACACUCAAAUGUUUGAUAAAGGUAUUGUUACGUUGGUAGCCCUUUUUGUUUUUUUAUAAAGAACCACAGAUUCAGAGUCUGCAGACCUCUAGUUGAUGACUAGCACGAGCUGUGUGACAUUUCACAAUGGUCAAUCUUGGGCUUUUCUAUAUCCUGUCUGCCCUGGAAGGACCAUUCCUGACACAAGUCUAAGAAGAUAGUGAGGUAAAGAACGGAAUCUUGCCCUCGUGCUGAUUGUGGAAGGCUGAAUUCUCAAGUGUCAUGGGAUGUAGAGAAAUACCACAUCAAUGAGAAACACUGGUUUGCUUUGUCUUGUUUGACCUCCGGAUGAGUCAAAUGGAUGUGGAGCAUCUGAUUGGACAUCGGGAAUAUUGUUUUUGCUCAUAUGGCCAUGCCUAACAGAAUACUUUGUUGGGAACAUAAAAUAUUGAAGGGAUGGCUCAUUCAAAUAAGGGAUGUGGUGGGUUGAGGGGCAGGGUUGUAUAGACUUUGGAGACUUACAGGUGUUUGCAGGACUGCUCUUGGCCUUGGAAAAGACAUCUUUAGAAAGGCAAACACUGUUUAAGACCCUCUGCCAGAUUCCUUAAGUAUCGUAGCGUCUUCCCAUUUUGAUUGUGCUUUGUAUCUUGUAGAUGCGUUUGUAGUGCUGAGUGAUUCGUGCUUUUUGAGGACGGUUUCGGUUCAAUUAUGAAAAAAUAAUCACGGUUUUAAGUUGGGGAAAAAUUACAUUACAUGCAUUAUGUAGGUUGAUUGCUGUAACACAGAAUAAAAUAAUUAAGGUCCCAUGAUGGUAGUGACUGCCCGUUUAUCACUUCACCAUUAUUAACCAUAAUUUAUUCACAUUACUUUAAUAAAAUAUUUCAGUUGUGUAUAUUACAUGUUUUAUUUGAUGGCUUUAUUAUUUAAUUCCAAGUCAUCUCAAAUCUCUAUGGAGCUGCUGCCUAAGCUGUCUGACAAAAUUACUAUUUUAGUAGUUCUUCAAAGUAAGGUAGAAUUUUAUUACUGCUAAAUACCAACUAUCAAUCACUUAAGAUCAUGUAUUUUCAGGUAGAGAGACCUCGUGUAGCAACUGCUCUCUCUCCCUCUUGAUUGCGCAUUCUCUCUGUCUGCCCCACACUACCUGACGUAGCAGGCGUAAAAUAAACACACUGGUGGGACAAGUAGACACGCAAUGUAUUUUGGUCAUAGUAGUUCAUUACCACAUUUUCUGCACCUAAACAAUGUAGAAUAUUGGCAUGUUUGAAACUGCAACUCACUAUAUCGCACAGUUUAGGCUUGAUCUGAUUUAUCUGUAGAGAAACGUUGCAAUGUGCACAUUGAGCUCACAGAAGAAGAAAAAAUGGAAUUCAAAUAAUUUUGCCAUCGGUCAAUGUUACCAUCGGUCAAAAUAACUGAAAUGAUGGUUAAUCGCUCUGUACAAAGCAUUAAUGUAAUAGCAAGCAAUACUGUACCAUUGACAACAUGGUAAUGUUACCUAUUUGUGGCAAAGCCAGUAACCUAUUGUUGAAGAUGUAUCUGUACUUCAAACAACAAUCGAUGCAAAGAAAUCCUAAAAUCGGCUCUGUAAUCGACAGGAUUUUUUUUGUCUUCCUCAGGGAAGGUUGUUUCUGUGGCUCUGUUUCCAAGAGAUCAGGUCACACUUCUACACUAGAGGGGGAAACCCAUGGCAACAUCCCAAUCCAUUGUAAAAAAUAAAAUGUAUAUAUGUUUUUUUUAAAGUGCCCUCUUGCCCACCGACUUUUUCUGUUAAAGUAGUCGUACUUACUCUGUUUCGAAAUGUUCCUCCUGUGCUAUCUUUUUGUGUUUUGGUUAAUUGUAGCCACAUAUUGCAUCUUAGUUUACACUCCCUUGUGCUUUGCCUCAUGUAAGUCCUUGACAUAAGUGUAGAUAGUUUAAUUACUAUGUAUCAGGACCAUGUGUUCUAUUUCUAUCAGAAUCUGAGAAGACAAUGGAUUCCAAAAGAUUUGGGUCUUUUAUUCAGGUCAAACCAGCAUUAAAGUUUACAUGGGUACAAUUUAAAAAAUGGUUUGGUACACAACCUCUUAUCUUCAACUGUAACCAAUUUAAAGAAAUUGCAUGCAAUGUCUUCACAUUUUUACAAGGUAAAAUGUAUGAAAAUAUAUGGAGAGAGAGAGAGAAUUUCCCUCUGUGUCUUCAGGGUUGUAACCAAUGUGCAAAUGUAGGAUUUUGAAGUGUUUUAAAGACUUGUCUCUCAGGCUGUGUUUACACAGGCAGCCCAAUUCUGAUCUUUUCCCAAAUGAUUGGCAAAAGAGCUGAACUGAUUAUUGGACAAAUAUAAUUGGCCUGCCUGUGUAAACACAGCCUAAAACUGAAACAUUGUAGAAACCCUCAAAGGCUUUAAGUGGUAGAAAAUGUGCGUUGCUGAUUGUAUUUGCAGCCAGUGCUGCACACUUGCAAUUAAUGUGUUGUUAUUGAUUAUUAGCCUAUGCUUUGUCCUAGUAUCUAGAACUCACAUAGUGCACUUCAUUCCCACUAAAAGCAGUGUCUUGUAAAGUCACAUCACCACUCAAAACACGUUUGUGCUCCGCAGUAAGUUAACCUUGAACAAUGCUGAAUUUGUUUAUUGCUUUUCUAUGUUAGCCAUAACCCACUCCUGUCUUUUUCCUAUCUAGCACUUCGAUCUCGUAUUCAGCUGUUUUGUCUCCUAAUGCCCGCUAAGCGCAAUCCACCUCUUGAAACAGUUGUGACGACUGUGUUCAACAGGUAACUCAUUUAGUAGUUUUUGCUUUUGCUAAUGAAUCACCCAGCCACUUUUUUUUCAAAUGCCUACUGACAUGUUAUCUUUCCGUUACUUUACAAGACCUCUGUACCUCAUGUUGAAUAUCAGAAAAGAGUAAACACAGCAAAUUGGUUAUUUGAAACAUUACCUCAACAUUACGACAAAUAUUAAUAGUUUUCUGCAUGACAGAAUAGUGUUUGACUGGCGUUAACUGGCACAACCUUAAGGAUUCCUACCAAAACAGUUCACUAUUUAGCAUAUUCUCUUGCCUUGUCACAUGGACAUACAGGUAACUGCCACAAUAAUGGAAACACUUGAGUAAAUGAGGGAUACAAAGUAUAGUGAAAGCAGGUAAUUCACAACCCAUCAUGCUUAGGGUAAUGCAUAAAAAUCCUGGGCAGGCCAUUAUUUUGGCUACCAUGGCAAUGCCCCAAUAGGAUGACAAUGUCCCCAUCCACAGGGCAAGAAUGGUCACUGAAUGGUUUGAAGAGCAUGAAAAUAAACCAUAUGCCAUGGCUGACUUAGUCACCAGAUCGCAACCCAAUUGGACAAUUUAUUUCUCAUUGAAGAAUGGUGUUUCAUCCCUCCGAUAGAGUUCCCGACACUUGUAGAAUCUAUGCCAUGGUGCAUUGAAGCUAGUUCUGGGUUGUGGUGACCCUAUUGAGACGCUUUAUGUUGGUGUUUCCUUUAUUUUGGCAGUUACCUCUUUGUAAGGUUGCAAACAUUGAUGGGACCACAGAAUAAAUGUUAUUUAGUUACCUGGCAAGAAAUAUAGGACAUUUAAUUCCAUACACAUUUGUCACAGACAACUAUUUGUUACAGUUGCACAACUGUACAAUUACAAUAUGAUAAGAUGUGCAGAAAGAUGGUAGGUAGCCUUAUGUUUAGUCAGAGUGUUCUAUCCGUAUGCAUGUAAUAGAGGGAUAUAGUUAUAGCCUACUAAGAGCAUGCACACAGAGUUUGGUCGUCAUUAAGAAUUGCAUUCACUCGAGCAUUGCAUUAUGGUAAAGAAAUCUUGUGUGUCUUGCUUCUAGACAUAUUUAUUCAGGUUAUUUCCUGAAAAGUGGUUGAGUGGUUACCUUUUUAAAAGUAAUAUGAACUGAGUAAAAGCCUCCUCAUCCUGAUUUGAACCAAACGUGAAGGAGGAGGCGCAAAAUGAUUAAAGAAGGGACUUCAAAUGAAUUGUGGUGCUACAUUUGAAAGAGCUAAUUAAAGGGAGUAGACAUAUUUUAUGUGUUUUUUGAAUUUGUGGUUUUGGUUGUAUGUUUUAUUUCUUAAAAGUAUUAGAAUGAUGUUUGUAAUCCAGGGAACGUGCAGAUUUCAAAUUGACAUCCAAAUUCUAAAAUUAUUUCAGAUAAGGAUUUUUAUUUAUUUUAUGUUCCAUUCGUGACAUUGUUAAAUUGUUUUAGUUCUUCACUCAAUUCUAUUCUGAUAAGAUGUGAUCAAUUGUAGGACAUACAGAUGUAGGAUAUCAAUUUGAGCCAGUUUGCUACAGCAGGAAAAUAAUCCUGCAGCAACAGGAAAUUUGAAUUAUGUGGAUUAUAAUUAAUGGACAUUUUUGUAGGGGUUGAUACAUUUUUCAUGAGGGAAAAUCAGGUUGGAAAUUUCCAAGUGGAAAUGACAAAUUUCAGAUGUCUUUUUACACCUCAAAUUAUCGACACGUUUUAAGUGUCCUGCAUUGCAACAAAGUUAUCCUGCAACAGGGUGAUCAAAUGAAGAUCCUAUAUCUGUAUUUCUUUUAUAAUUUGGCAUGCUGAAGCUAGAUUUUGCCAAAUUGUAAAGUAGUUUGGUUUCUGGAUUUCUUCAAAACAAGAGAGCACUUCUGAAAUGCCAUUCAUGCCAAGUCAACUCUGCCAAGAUAAUGUAAUUAUGUAGGCAAUGUGAUGUUGUGUUAUACCCAUUAGAAAUUAACAACUGGGUACUUAGUGUCAGAAAAAUAAACGUUAACAAUCAA